GAAGUCACUUAAAAAUCGUUUGUCUCCUCGAGCAGAUCGCGAGUUGCGGAAGGUUUACUAUUUCUCUCAUACAAACAAGACAAUUGACCGGUUGAUCCGAUAUUCCAGUACUUGUUUGGGAAAGUUUAAUAUGCCGCUGAAAAUUAAAAAUGUGUUGGUCUGCGAUGCAGUGGACAAGUCGUGUGUGGAGCUGCUCCAAGAACAUGGCAUAAAUGUUACAUACAAGCUGAAACUCCCAGUGGAUGAGCUGUGCAAGGAAGUUAAGAAAUAUGACGCAGCCAUUGUGCGCUCGGAUACGAAAAUAACCGCGGAAGUUCUGGCCGCUGGUGCUGGCAGCCUGAAGGUUGUGGGCCGUGCCGGAGCCGGGGUUGACAACAUCGAUGUGCCUGCAGCGACAGCGCAUAAUGUCGUUGUCCUUAACACUCCGGGUGGCAAUUCUAUUUCUGCCUGUGAGCUGACGUGCAUCCUAAUUGGUGCCCUGGCCAGACCCGUCGUCCCCGCCGGCCAGAGCAUGAAGGAGGGUCGCUGGGAUAGGAAACUGUACAGCGGCACGGAGCUCUAUGGCAAAACAUUGGCGGUUCUCGGUCUGGGACGCAUCGGACGCGAGGUUGCCAUCCGCAUGAAGACAUGGGGCAUGAAGAUAAUUGGCUAUGAUCCCAUUACCACGGAGGCAGAGGCCAAGGCUGCGGGAAUUCAGAAGCUCACCCUGGAGGAGAUCUGGCCCCUGGCAGACUAUAUAACUGUGCACACGCCUCUGAUUCCAGCUACCAGAAAUCUCAUCUCAACGGAGACUUUGGCCAAGUGCAAGAAGGGUGUCAAGGUCGUGAAUGUGGCUCGUGGCGGCAUCAUAGAUGAACAAGCCAUCAUCGACGGCCUUGAGAGUGGCCAAGUGGGUGGUGCCGCCUUCGACGUAUUUCCCGAGGAGCCGCCCAAGUCAGCGGUCACCAAGGCCCUCAUCAGUCACCCGAAGGUGGUGGCCACGCCCCAUCUGGGUGCCAGCACAGCGGAGGCGCAAGUGCGUGUUGCCGUCGAGGUGGCAGAGCAGUUCAUCGCUCUAAAUGGCAGCUCCCCGAAGUACACUAGCACCGCGGGCGUUAUCAACAAGGAGGCCCUUGCACAUUAUCAGUAGAGCAUCGUUGCUGCAGGAGAAAUUCGAAUUAAAGCACUCUCACAACAUUCAACAUUUGACGGAGAUCCGAGAGGUCCCAGUUUUAUGAUUAGUUUUCAUGGUAAAUACAAAACAGAAAUAUGUAUGAAUAAA